AUUUUUGACCAUUUUAAAUAAAAAUAUUCCUAAAGUGAAUCAUAUACUCUUCUGCUUUCUUAGAGUAUAAAUAGUACAAUGCAAUAUUUUAUUAAUGGCUUGAGAUCAUCAUCACAAAUUUCAGUCAACAUACUGUGGUAUACUGAGUUGUGUAGAGAUGAUUACUCCUACAUUAAAUGUCUUCAGUCUAGGAUGCCUUUUUGUCUGAUUUUCAAAGUUUUUUUUUGUCUUGUUGGUUAUAAGCGAUCCCUCUUUGCUAUCAGUAUGCCAGCCUUCCAAUUUGUUGUGUCUAAUUGUCUGCCAGGUUGGAAACCAGAUAACCAACUUGUUAAAAUUAUGUCUGACAAAAAAGUAAUUAGGCUGAGUAAAUGUGUAACUCUAUGAAUAAAGGACAUGAACUUUAUUGUACAGAAUUUCAGAAAUCUAGUUGUUCAGUUUUUUUUUUCUGAUGUUUACCGGCUCUUAGCCAUGCUUCAGAGAGGUAAAGCUGCCAAAUAGCUAAAUCCAAAUUCAGUGUCAUUAGAUAGAAAGGAUGUAACUUCUUCCUGGAGAGAGUUUUCUGUUUAUCACUGACCAAGCAUAGGAUGUUUGUUUCACUUAUAGAAUAGGUCAAAAUGAAGGAACUUUGGUCUCUUCCCUCCUCCCACAGAAUUCCAGUGUUUUGUCAAUGAUCAUUCAAGGGCAGGAUAAGGCAGGUGGAGGGGUGUGGAAAAGUGCUUAGAAGAGAGCAUGGCUUUCUGCAGAUGCUUAACUGUCAACUCAUUGAUGAAAGCUGAGUGGGAAACUGGGCUGCUAAUGUCUGUCCAACAGCCUUUGGAGUUGGAUAAUCAGAGUAUUCUAAGCUUCUCACUGGGGACUUGCUUCCAGUUCCUGAGAGUCUGGGCCAUUUACCAAGAGCAGGGCUUAACUGAGCUGGGAUCUUCUUACUGCAUUUCCUUUUCUUCUUUUGUUUCCUCCCAAAACAAAGCAAAGUAAAGCAAAAUAAAACAAAACAAAACAGACAUAGGACUUGAGAAGGUUGACUGUAGAUAAUAGAUUUCAGAGCUAGAAGGGAUUUUUGAGUUGGUCGUCAACCUGGAUGAAGAGAGAAUGGCAGGUGAUGUACAGUCAGUAUCAUCUGAGGUAGAGUUAAGGGGGAAAAAGUUUUAAAUAUAUCGGCCUGCAAAAUGUAACAGUGAGGAAAGACCUCAGUUCCACUUUUGUUUGUGGUCAAAGCAACAACAACAACAACAACAACAACAGUAUCUGCUUCCUAGAAGAAGACCAUUUACAAGCCACGAAAUUUGCUGCAGUGAUUGCGUUUCGUGCAGAAGCAAAACGGUGGUUAUUCCAUUAUCCUGAUUCAAUUACCCAAGCGUUCUCAGGGUCUGUGUCUUGCCUUCCUCCCCCUCUCCUUCUGCGCCUUGCAGAGCUCUGCCUCACUCUCCCGGUCUGGGCUGCUGGCCGCGGGGGCUGUGAUGCAGGUAUGACAUAUGGUCCGCUCUUGCCUCAGCUGGGAUCCCCUCUGGUGUCUCGUUAACAUGCGCUGCCUGGUGGAGCUGCAUCAUUGUUAAAGGAGAUUCCAGCGCAGCGCGUCGGUCCCUCUUCUCUGGGACUCCGAGGCUGCUAGGCUUAAAGGAAGCGGUGAGCCGGUUCAGCUGCAAAUAACUUCCCAUUACAGUUUCUCCCAAAGUGCUAACUCGAACUCAUCCGGUAUACUACGUUCUCUGAGUCUUCACUCAUCCUUUGUCUGUUUCCUAUUUCUUCUUGGAAUUUCUGCCCUUUAUGUUCACAAGGGAUCAGUUUUUUCCUGGCAGUGUUGAUGUUUCCAGAGGCUGGUGCAGUUAGGCACUCAGGAAUUUGCAUUUGAUUGCCCUGGAUGCAUAUACAAAAAGGACAUUGGUACGCUGGAGAUCAUCCAAAAGAAGGUGACCAGGGUGAUGAAAGGCCUUGACAUGAGCCCUUAUGAGGACUGCUAGAAGAACUGGGGAUAUUAAGCCUGAAGAAGAGAAGUCUUAACUGGGGACCUGAUUGUUAUCUUCAAGGGUGCGACCUUCACCAACAGAAUGAAUCAGAGAACCAAGCAAUCUGCUAACUCUUCCUAACUCCUUGUCAAGCAAAGCAGGAGAUACAUCUCCAAUCAACAGCUCCCAACACAGUGCUCCUGUGGCUUUUGAAGGAAGCAAGACUGAAGCGUGACACUUUUUUUUUCAAGACUUCUGUCUGAAACUGACCUGAAAAAAGUUCCAGGGGUUUUCUUUGUACAAAUCCAGUCUAUUCAGGAAAUGCAGUUGGUAUAAUUUUAGCAGACAAAUAUAAUUGGUAUCUCCAAGUACCACUUGAUGCAGUGUGGAGUCUGCAUUUAAACCAUACACUUAUAAUGGAUGAUGGUUAUAGAAACAGUGCAAAUCUCUACCGUGGAGCAAGGGAUAUAGCUAGAGAGGCAAAUUGGCAGUCUAGGAACCAAGGAAUGGAUGGCUAUAGAUAUCAGGAUGGCAAUUAUGAAGGGUAUACACCCAAUGACAGCUAUUACCGGGGAGGAAAUGAGUCCAACCAAGAUGAAGAUGCCCAGAGUGAUGCCACUGAAGGCCACGAUGAAGAUGAUGAAAUCUAUGAAGGGGAGUACCAGGGCAUUCCCCACCCAGAUGACAUUAAGGCAAAGCAGAAGAAGAAAUCUCCCUCCAGGUCUGAUGACUACAGAGACCAGAAAGAUCUCAUGGCAGAACGUUUGGAAGAUGAAGAACAGCUGGCUCACCAAUAUGAGAAUAUCAUUGAGGAAUGUGGUCAUGGGCGCUUCCAAUGGACACUCUUUUUUGUUUUAGGUUUGGCCCUGAUGGCUGAUGGGGUGGAAGUUUUUGUGGUGGGUUUUGUCCUUCCCAGUGCAGAGAAGGACAUGUGUCUAUCCAGUUCCAACAAAGGAAUGCUAGGGCUGAUAGUCUACCUGGGAAUGAUGGCCGGGGCCUUCAUCUGGGGUGGCCUGGCAGAUAAGCUUGGGAGGAAGAAAGUCCUUGGCAUGUCCCUUGCAAUCAACGCCUCCUUUGCCUCCCUGUCUUCUUUCGUGCAGGGCUAUGGCUUCUUCCUCUUCUGCCGCCUUAUCUCUGGUAUAGGGAUUGGGGGGUCUCUCCCCAUCGUAUUUGCCUAUUUUUCUGAAUUCUUAUCUCGUGAGAAGAGGGGAGAACACCUCAGUUGGCUCUGCAUGUUCUGGAUGAUUGGAGGAAUUUAUGCUUCAGCAAUGGCCUGGACUAUUAUUCCACACUAUGGUUGGGGCUUUAGCAUGGGAACCAAUUAUCAUUUCCAUAGCUGGAGGGUGUUUGUGAUUGUCUGUGCUCUCCCAUGCAUGGCAUCCAUGGUUGCCCUGAAGUUCAUGCCAGAGAGUCCACGUUUUCUAUUGGAGAUGGGUAAACAUGAUGAAGCCUGGAUGAUUCUUAAGCACGUGCAUGACACCAAUAUGCGAGCCAAGGGGGCACCUGAGAAAGUAUUCACAGUUUCCCACAUUAAAACCCCCAAGCAAAUGGAUGAGUUCAUCGAAAUACAAAGCUCAACAGGGACUUGGUACCAACGCUGGCUGGUCAGAUUCACCACUACUUUUAAACAGGUCUGGGACAAUGUCUUAUACUGUGUGAUGGGUCCCUACAGAAUGAAUACACUGAUUCUGGCUGUGGUUUGGUUUACAAUAGCUCUGAGUUACUAUGGCCUAAUAGUUUGGUUCCCAGACAUGAUUCGCCAUAUUCAAGAUGAAGCUUACAGGGCCAAGGAGAAGAUCUUCAAACAUGAGCAUCUGGAACAUGUCACAUUCAACUUUACACUGGAAAACCAGGUGCAUGAACAUGGGAGGUUCUUCAAUGAUAAGUUCUACAAGAUGAAAUUCAAGAAUGUAAUCUUUGAAUCUUCCUUCUUUGAUGAAUGCUAUUUUGAAGAUGUGGUGUCUCCUGGGACUUUCUUCAAAAACUGCACUAUUGAAUCCACAGUCUUCUAUAACACAGAUCUCUAUCACCAUAAAUUCAUUGGUUGCCGGUUCAUCAACACCACCUUUAUGGAGCAGAAAGAGGGGUGCCACCUGGACUUUGAAGAAGACAAUGACUUCCUAAUUUACCUUGUUAGCUUCCUUGGCAGUCUGUCUGUAUUACCUGGCAACAUUGUAUCAGCUCUGCUCAUGGACAAAAUUGGUAGAAUCAAGAUGAUUGGUGGCUCCAUGCUGAUAUCGGCGGUCUGCUGCUUCUUCCUGUUUUUUGGCCACAGUGAGUCCGCCAUGAUUGGCUGGCAGUGCGUGUUCUGCGGGGCCAGCAUUGCUGCCUGGAAUGCUCUGGAUGUGGUUACAGUGGAGCUGUAUCCCACCCACCAAAGAGCGACAGCCUUUGGUAUCCUCAAUGGCAUCUGCAAAUUCGGGGCCAUCUUGGGAAAUUCCAUCUUUGCUUCCUUUGUAGGGAUAACCAAAGUAGUUCCCAUCCUUUUGGCUUCCUCUUCUCUGGUUGGGGGAGGCCUGAUUGCCCUUCGAUUGCCAGAGACUCGAGAACAGGUCCUGAUGUGAACAGCUUAGGGGAAAAGCAAAGACCUGAAGAGCCAUAUCAAGGAAAAUUGAUACGCCCCUCUUGCUGUUUACCCUUUCUGGUGGAUCCCUCAGAUAACAGGGGAAGAAAAGCCAAUUUUGAGACCCAUAGUUUAGGACCAGUUUCAACUGUGAGAAUGCUCUGGCCUCAGUGGAUUGAUUUGGUGGUACCAACAACCACCCAUAGGAACACAGAGCUUUGUGCAGCGCCUUUGGUCUCCCUAGCCCAAGGUACGGGGAGUGAGGGUACAGUGUCUCCUCUUCCAGUGAGUGCACAUACUGUGCAGGAGUGAGGGGGACCAUCUCUGCUUCUUUCCCUUAAAUAAAGUAUAGGUCAUGCUUUGCAUUUCAAUACUA